AUGCAUUUGUUCCAGUACAGCCUCUUUCAUCUCAGGGAUACUCUAAUCCUUGAUUCAGCCACAGUUGCAAUGAAAAUUUCACUUCUUGUUUUCUUCUAUCUCCUUACAGCUGCUAUGUAUUUUUUUUCCUGUAACAUCUCCGUUUCUUCUCCUUCUGUGAUCUUUCUUACAGGAAGGAGAUCAAUGAAAGAACAGAGAAUGUUACCACUCCACAUAAAUGGACAAGAGAAAAACAAGGUUCUUGAUGAAGACGCAAAGCAGAUGACAAUCCAUGAACAUGCCAGAGAACAUCAGCAUCUCAGCAACAAUGAUUUAGAUCUUGUUUACCACAUUGACUACCAUGGUGUGACAACUCAUCCAAUUCCCACCCCAAAACAUCCCAGACCAUAGAAUGCCUUUUUUCCCCCAAGAUUCAGAAGGAAGGAAUGAAACACACAUGUUUUUCAAUUCUAAUAAAUCAGUUUACAGUGUACUAUCAAAAUGAUGAUAACAAGGAUGAAGACAUUUCCCUUUGCA